UGCAGAGUACAGACAUGGCCACCUUCAGACUCCACAUCUCCUGCGCUCUCCUCCUCGCUGGUGUUGUGCUUCUGGGGACAAAUCAAGGGGGCAUGGAAGCCAUGGCUUGCCCUCAGUACUGCCUGGAGGUCGACUACAUAACCUGCCCGUCCUCCGGCUCACAGAAGCUCCCGGCGAGGUGCAACUGCUGCAUGGCUCCCAAAGGCUGCACGCUCCAUCUCCCCGAUGGGAUCAACCAAACUUGCUCUUAACCCAGUUCAGAGUUCAGACAGUGAUGUAACUCCACGUAUGGUGUGGUGCAAGACCAUAUGCUUGUCAAGGCAGUAAUAAUGUGAACAAGCUCUAAGUUUUGCGGAUAAAGCAUGUCAUGUAACAUUAUAUGAUGUUUCCUUCCGCAGAUUUAAAGAGCCCCAAAAGUUGUUUUGGUACCUAAGGUUAUCUUGAUGAGAUAAGCAAAAGAUGGUACCAACGGUAAGGACAAUAAAGAACAAUUUAUGUGUCAAUUAUUAAUGGACAGAAGAGCUGCUGUGGUGUAGUGGUUA